UAUUCCCGUCUCCAUUUACUAAAGAUAAAGGUGUACCUCCAUGCGCGACGACAACAAUGUGUGCCUCCUGGAAGAAGCUAGUCCCUCAUUGGGCCCGGAGCCCCGUCUACUACCGCCCUCCUCCUUGGGUUCGUAACUGGGAAGCUCAUCACAUCAAGCCAUGGAAGUUUGUGGGGCCUGGUGUGGUCUCUCGGCUACCCAAGCACUACAUCAAGAGGAAGAUAGAGCUGAUAUCAGAAGAACCACGUCCAGUCCACUGGGAACCAAUCAACAAGAAGUAUUCAGUCAGGGAUGUCACCACAGGAUUGGCAGAAAGGGUUCAAAUCCAGAACAUAGCUAUACCUGUGUUUUACCCAGAGCAAGCUGAUCAAGGCCUCUGGGGAGGAGAAGGAAUUGUACAAGGAUAUUACAGGAAAAAGUUGAGAAGGAGAAGCUCUCCUAAACUGUGGAAACCAAAGGUCUUCAAUUUUUUUCUGUACAGUGAAAUUUUGGAUCGCUGGAUGGAAAUUGCCAUCACCCAAAGAACACUUGAUCUCAUAGAUGAAGCAUUAGGGUUUGAUAAUUAUAUUCUAAAGACCCAUGAAAGGGACCUGAAAUCUCAACUAGGCAAUAAGCUGAAGAGGGAGAUGUUACUGGCAUUAGUUAGAAAAUCAUUACAUCCCAGUAAUCCAAAAAAGAGGGAAGAGCUUCUGGAGAAAUACAAGGAGUUUAUAAUACCAGAGGAAGAAGCAGAGUGGGUGGGUCUCACCAUCAAAGAAGCAAUCAUAAAGCAGUUAAACAUUGAAAAAAUACAGGAACUUAAAAACAAAACCCCAUUACAAGAUAUAUUUGUGGAUGAAUUAGUUAAAGAACUUCAAGAAAAAAAUGAAGCAGGAAGCUCGGAAUUACCAGGAGGAAGUAUUUUUGAGAAAUUCAUGCCAUUUAAGACACCUGAAAAACCAAGCACGUGACCAAGACACCCCCAAUGUCACCAGAUAAAACUGAUGUCGUCUAACUUUGACAAAAAAAAAACAGUUGUUGUCAAAACAACAGCCAUUAUGUACAGUGACAAUGGCGAAUAUUGUGGUAGACUUUUCUGUUUUACACCAUUUUGACUGCUCCUAACAUGUAAUUAUGCUAAGGGUUUUUUUUUUUACUCCAGGCCCUUUGACAAGAUUGCUUCCAACUGUUUGGACUAAUCAAGAUUAAUCCAGAUCCAAAAUUAUGUAAUAACCAGGUCAUCAAGUUGCCCAUCUCUCAGAAUGAAACAAGAUAGUAAAGUGUAUCACGCAAUGUGUAAAAAAGUUAAAAAUGUACAGAAGCAAUUUUGAUCAAAUGGGUCAGAUAACCCCAGCUUGCAUCGGAACAACAGGCAGAUUGAUAAGAACUGCUGGCUCUUAUAAAAAAGUUCAUAUUUUUGUUAAAAAGCAGUGCUGUAAAAUAGGUGAUCCAAUUUAUGAAUUUACUUCAAAAGAUACCUGUGCAAAAAACCCACCGUUCUAGUUGCAGUUAAAUGUAGAUUGAAUGGUAAGGACUUAUUGACUUUUCAAAAGUGACUGCUUUUCUUAAAAAGCAAUACUGUAAAAUAGGUGAGAUAGUUUUUAAAUUGAGUCUCAAUGAUACUGAUUUAGAAGUCACAAGAUUCUGGUUUAAUGUAGUUUACUGUACUUUUGAUCCAACUGACCAUUUCAACUUAAUGCUAAUACAAAAUAAGAUUAUGUAUUAUAUAUCUGAAUCUAUAUAUUUUAAACAAAGUAGCUGAAAAUACUUUUAGCACCACUUGUUUUAGAUGAUCAGAAUGCUUCCCUAUGAAGUACAAUAUACAGUUUUUAUAAUUGUCCAAAAUUAUUCAAAAGUAAGUUGAAUAGAAUACAAUAAAGAAAAUCACAUACUGAA